GCAGUGGAUGAAAGAUAGUGAUACAAAGGCUCAAGUUUGUGAAAUCUUGAAGUGGUUUUUGGGCAUGGCUUCUUGCAUAUCAAAUUGUGUUUGCCUCUUUGGUUGGAAUAUAGGCAAAAACAAAACCUCUGAUAAACCUCAAACUAAUUACCAUAAUCUUGAUCUCCCCUUUCCUUCUUCUCUACUCAACAAAACUUUCCUCAAUGGGAAGGAACUAAAAUGCUGCUACAAGGCCACCUCAGACGGCUUUAGCGCGACUUCGUUUCAUGAGUGUAGCGAUUUCAAAGGCCCGUGUGUAAUAAUCGGCUACACCAACAACUCAUUCAAGUUUGGAGCAUUCAAUCCCGAAGGAUAUCGCAGCACGGAUGAUUACUACGACUCAUUUGACGCUUUCUUGUUUUAUUGGGCCGAGGAAGAGAAAGACGAGCCCAUUGUGUUGCCUAAAGUAGGAGGGAGUGGUGCAGCCCUUUUUGAUUAUGCUCGUGGCGGGCCACAAUUUGGGGCUGAUGGGCUCCUGAUCGGGCCACCACUCGCACCCGUCAUGGGUGGGUUUGCAGGGCCCGAGACGAACUCGGGUGUCGGAGUUUUGACUCAAGCAAGGUCAAGAUUGGGAUUGUCUUAUGCUAAAAGGCCAGAUGGAAAAGAGUCUUUGUUUGGAGAUGAAUCCAAAGCUUCUCUUGAAGAAGUGCUAGUUUUUUGUAGUCCUCAAAUUGCAAGCUUAUACUAAAAGUCUAAAAACUGUGCUUUACCAACUUGUACUUUAUUUUUUGUAAAUUCAUUAGCCCAAUAUUUUGAAGUGCAUAGGAAUUCUAGAA